AUGUUACCAUAUGAAGAGAUCCACAAACUGUAUCGAAAGUCGCCCAAAUUUGAUGAGUUUAUACCGUUAGAAUCGCAGCCUAUAUACGCUACCGUUGCCUUGCUAGCUGCGCUGGCUUUCAUCGGCUUGGCAAUGACUCUGCCUGCGAAGGCUAGUGGUGCGUCUUUUGCCCUGCAAUCUGUGAAAUACACGGCCCUCAGCUUGAUAGGAAGUCUGUUUAUGGGUAUUGCCAUCGUGUUCUUAACAAAUUCGUUUGGCGUUUACGCUUGA